AUGACGACAUCUGUAGGAGCAAAAGUGCUGGCUGAGGUUUACCGCUUGCAUCAUAUUCCAUUGCCACCUAUUACGCUCCAGGCGCUGCUCAAGCGUGGACCUGUGGCCAAUCCUGCCAUUGCAGCAUCCCUUCAGACGGACCCACAAGCUCUGGCCAAGUGGCGUGAGGUGAAUGCACCCGCUAUCGUGACUUCGGCACAGCUGUUACACCGUGAAGUACCAAUUCGAAUUGCACGUCGUAUUGUGGACCUUGAGAAUUUGCCAGAUGAGCUGCCGCAAGCGAAACCCAUUGUGUCUCUUCGUGAGCAACUUCUCAGUAGUUUUGAUCAGCUGAUGAGCUUUCCGCUGCCUUCCAACCUUUCAAGUGAAAGGGAAUUUAUGGAUUUACAUCGCAAGGUUCGACAAAAACAUGCUACCAUGCAUGGAAAUAUUGCAGAUGCGGUGCAGGCUCUUGAGUAUGAACCUCAGGGAUUGAGUGAGUCGCUCGAUAACUUUUACAAUUCUCGCAUUGGCAUUCGCAUGCUCGUAGACCAACACAUUGCAGCUCAGACACCUAAGCCUGGAUUCACGGGUGUUGUACAUGAUGUGUGCUCGCCCGUCAAGAUCGCUCAAGAUGUUGUGCACAAAGUGCGUCUGUUGUGGCAGGAGAGUCUCGACGGUGAGCUUCUGCCCGAUAUUGUCGUAACUGGCGAUGAGAAAGCCACGUACCGCUAUAUUCCGCAACAUAUUGAAAUUAUCUUGACGGAGGUGUUCAAGAACGCGGUGCUGAACAGUGUUGCUGCGGCCAAAAGACCAGGAGCCAGCGCUCCACCGCCGGUAAAGGUGCUGGUCUCGGGGGGACCGCACGGCGUUUGUGUCAAGGUAUCCGAUAUGGGCGGAGGCUUGACCCGCAGUGAGGCCAAUGCGCUCUCAGACUACUAUCGCACGGCGACGUCCCCGUCUUUGAGUGGAUAUGAUCCUGUCGCAGAGGUUUUGGAGCGCCGUGCUAGCGAACUAGACUUUUCGGAAUCGUUUGGUCUGCGUAUUGCGCAGCUAUACGCCAAGUACUUUGGCGGUGAACUAGCGAUUAUGCCCAUGGAAGGACACGGUGUAGACACGUAUAUUUACAUGAAUUGUCUCACCGGCGCUUCUAAGGUCAAGUAA